GGGAGAGAGUAAAUCCCCCACUGUUUCAGUUCACUGGUGGUUUGGGUCAGUAGGAAUUGAUCGCCUCAUGCGAUGCAUCCACGGUUCGAUCUCGCUCCAUUCACGCCCCAAUGGCCUGUGCGGGGGAGGGGAGAUGCGAUGAUGUCUCCCUGAUUGGGGGAUUGAUGAGAUUGCGUGCGUCAGUAGAUGAACAACCGAAUGGGGGGAGGGUGGGUGCGAGGGGACGAAAAAAAAAAGAUCUAGCAAUUUUUCUUCUUUGUGCGCGCGCGCGUGUUUUUUUAAUGUUUUGAAUUGUGCUAGUUUAACUUGCUUGGAUUGACAUACGUCAUCCUCAUCGUGUGGAGGGAUUAAAUUAAUUGAUUCCACACGCUCUUAAACUCCGCUACUGAUUUUGUUUCUUUUUAAUAAUGGGAAAAUGCAGGCGCAAUGGCUCUCACUUCGGCACAACGGAUUGCUCUCACUGUCUCUUUCUUUGGCCUUCUGGCGUUCCUGCUUGGUGUCGUCGCAGAAAACAAAAAGCCUCCUUAUGGAACACCAAUCAAAGGAAAAGAUGUUGUCAUCUGCAAGUUCCCAAGUGACCCAACUAUUGCAAUGGGAAGCCUCUCUGUGGUUUCACUUGUGUUAGCCAUCAUCGUAGGGCACGCCGCCAUCUUUUAUCCAUACAAGGGAAAGUCUGUUCCUCGUGGAGCAUUAUUUCAAAGCGCCAGCUUAUCUGUUUUCUUCAUUAUUGCUGAGUUGGUCUCAGGUCUGGCGUUUGCAAUGUUGCUCUGGGCAACGGUCACCGAGGCUCUUCACCGCACCAGCAACAUCCACCGUGACCUGGAUACCCAGUGCCCUACCGCAAAGACUGGCCUCUUUGGAGGAGCUGCUUUCCUGGCCCUCGAUGCUGCUCUCUUCUGGCUUGUUUGCCAGAUGCUAGCCCUGAAUGCAAGGUCUGACUACCUAGAUGAGGAUGACAAGGGCGAUUAUGGCCAGGUUUAUGCUUCGGAUGUCGAAGGCUCAAAGGUCUGAGACUUCGGUUGGGCCGGGCUUCAUAAUUAGGGUCACGUAGUUAUAUUAUCUCAUCGACAAAGUCGGUUUAAUUAGCUCUAUGAAAUCUGUAGAUAUGUGCUAUGGCAGUUGCAAAGUCGUAUAUAAUGGUAUUGCUUAUUGCACGUUUCAGCACUCAUUUUCAACAAUAACAACAUUCUCUGUGUGUUUAGUUUGCUAGCAACCUUCGCGAAGUGUCCAAUUAUUAA